AUGAAGGUCCUCAAACUCGUCAUUCUCAUUGGUCUGAUCGCCGCUGUGAAACUAAAUGUCGCAGCACAUUCGGUACAAACCUCCGCCUGGGAUAGUGAGACCCGCCCCGAGAAUGUGAUUAUCCAUACACCGGCUCAUCGAGUUGACGCCCACUCACACUUCGAUCUGUCCUUUAGCCUUCCCGAGCAAGGAGCGCUGGAGUUGAGCCUGGAGCCGAACAAAGAUAUCCUCACACAAGGGUCCCGUGUCCAGUACCUCGGUGCAGACGGCGUAGUUCGCAGGACAGAAGCCGUGAACAAAGCCCAACACAGGGUGUUCAAAGGACUUGUCUUUACGCAGAACAUUGGCGCAGGCGCAACUUGGAAUCACGUUGGCUGGGCGCGGAUAUACAUCCAUCGUGAUAGAGAUAAUCCCUUGUUUGAAGGAAUCUUCAGCGUUGUCGGUCAGCAGUACCAGGUGACGAUAAUAUCAGGAUCCGGAAAUACCAGAGAACCACAGAUGGUUGUUCACUAUCACUCUGCAUACCAUACAUGGGACCAUUUAGUAGCUCGAUCGCCACAGUCUUCAGGGAAUCCCUUCAUCACAGAUGAAGAUUUACCGUGCCCUAGCACCAGAAGAGUCGCCUUGGUAGGCAUCGCGACCGAUUGCUCCUACUCGGCCUCGUUCACCUCCAGCGAUGAGCUCCGGCGAAACGUCAUCAGCAUGGUGAAUACGGCUUCUGAAGUCUACGAGCGGACCUUCAACAUCUCUCUCGCCCUCCACGACCUGACCAUUAGCGAUCGGGAUUGCCCGAGCACUCCAUCCAGUUCAACAUCGUGGAACGCCGACUGCUCUGCAGGAGAUCUAAACUGGAGAAUUAGUCGAUUCACAUCCUGGCGCGGUUCCCUCAAUGAUGACAAUGCGUACUGGACGCUGAUGACCGGGUGUCCGUCGGGCCAGGAGGUCGGUGUCUCUUGGCUAGGUCAAUUGUGUACUUCCAACCGGGGACAGCAACGCGCGUCUGGUGCAAAUGUGGUGGCACGCACUUCCAGUGAAUGGCAGGUCUUUGCCCACGAGUCCGGCCACACGUUUGGAGCCGUCCAUGAUUGUGAUUCAACGUUGUGCGCUUCUGCUCAGGGACAGUGCUGUCCGUUGUCCUCCUCCACCUGCGACGCAAAUGGACAGUACAUCAUGAACCCGGUUUCCUCGCCCUCACAGUCGGCGUUCUCUCCGUGCAGCAUCCGGAACAUCUGCUCGCAACUCAGCUCUGGGAGCGUCAGCACGAGCUGCCUGGUCAGUAACAGCAACAUAACCACCAUCACUGACGGGCAGUGCGGGAAUGGCAUCGUGGAGGUCGGUGAGGAAUGCGACUGUGGCGCCAACUGCGCCGAGAACAGUUGUUGUGAUGGGUCAACCUGCCGCUUGCGAGUCGGGGCUGUCUGCGAUGACGCCGCGAGUCCGUGCUGUACCAACUGCCAGUUUGCUUCGGCGGAUACGGUUUGUCGUCCCAGCACUGGUCCAUGCGAUGUUGAGGAGACGUGUACCGGCAAUUCGACCAUAUGCCCCGCGGAUCAGUUUUUGUCCGAUGGGCAACGCUGUGGUGAUGAUGGUGCGGGAUCCCCAGCAUCGACAUGUUCCAAUGGAGAGUGCAGGGAGAAUGGGCGGUCAUGGGUGGACCGUCAUCGAUCACUCGUUAUUGGUCUCGCGGCUGGUGUUGGUGGUGCGUUACUGCUUGCCGUCUUGGGUUGCAUAAUCUGCAGCUGUUGUCGACGGCCGUCGAAGAAGGCAUCGCCAGGUGCGCCAGUGGUAUCGCAGGUCUAUCCUCCGCCGCCUCCUUAUCGUUACGCGUAG